AUGGAUGAACCAUCAUCACCAUGUACCGAAGACAAAAUUCCCAAUGUUGGGAUGUCGUUCAUUUCUAAAAAUAACCUACCAACAAUUGGGGACAUAAAUAGCCCUAUGGAUGAACCAUCAUCUCAAUGUACCGAAGACAAAAUUCCAAAGUUUGGGAUGUCGUUUGUUUCUGAAAAUGACAUUCGAGAAUUUUAUAGAUUGUAUGCACAAUCAAUGGGUUUUGGAGUCCGAAAGUUGGGAACAAGGAAUGGACCAGAUGGCAAACAGAAAUUUUUCUCUAUUGGAUGUGCAAAAAGUGGUUCGUUUACGCUAAGGGGGAAAAUAUAUUUCAACUUAGACCUUCCACCAAGACCGAUUAUUAGUAGUGUCAUUCUUCAGCAUAAUCAUCCUUUGAGUCCUUCAAAUUCUAGACAUAUUAGAUCUCACAAGGUUUUAGAUCCAAGUGCGCAGAGAAGAUUGCAAUUAAACGAUGAAGCUGGAAUAACAUUGGCUAAAAGUUUCCAAUCAAUUGUAGUUGAAGCUGUAGGGUAUGAUAAUUUGAAAUUUGAUGAGAGAACAUGUCAGAAUUUUAUCUCAAAAUCUAGGAGGUCGAGGUUAGGAAAUGGCGAUGCUGAAGCUGCUGAUGCAAGAUGCAGGGCUUCUUACGAUUACUUUUCUGAUGUAAUGACCUUUGACAUAACGUACCCGACGAACCACUAUGACAUGCCUUUUGCUCCGUUCGUCGGAGUUAACAAUCAUGGCCAAUCUAUUUUGCUAGGAUGUGGUUUAUUAUCUAGUGAGGAUGUGGCGUCAUUCACUUGGCUUUUUAAGGCAUGGUUGACGUGUAUGCAUGGACGUGCUCCAAAAGCAAUAAUCACCGAUCAAUGUCGGUCGAUGGCUAUUGCCAUUAAAACAGUUUUUCCAAACACCCAACACCGUUAUUGUCUUUGGCAUAUAAUGAAGAAGCUCCCUACUAAAUUUGGUGCUCACACUGAAUAUAAAAGCAUUAAGAAGGCGUUGAAUAACAUUGUCUAUAACUCGACAACAAUUGAAGAAUGUGAAGAGAAUUGGAAGAAAAUGAUACAUGAGAAUUGGCUAAACUCUCUGCACAUCGAAAGACAUAAGUGGAUUCCAGUGUACGUGAGAUGUCAUUUCUGGGCAGGCAUGUCAACAUCCCAGAGAAGUGAAAGCAUCAAUUCGUUUUUCGAUGAUUAUGUUACUUCGACAACAUCUCUAAAGUAG